UGAUCAUCUCAUCAUAACUGUCUUUUGCUACCAGGGUGAUUCACCUCGCAUGAGUAGAAGUAUGAGCUUAGCAAUGUCACAGGCUGGAGGACAGAGCAUAGAGGGACCCCAUGGGCCUCCCCAGCCAGGAACUGUUGUGCCAACACAGCGUGCCGAAGCAUCAAAAGCCAUUGUUGGGGGUAAAUCUAUAGGAGAGAAUUAUGCUUUUUCAGGUGUGCACCAUAUUUUUGACCAGCACACAGAUAGUGUCACAAUGGUUAAAUUUGCACACAACGACCAGGGCCUUCUUGCCUGCUCUUCUUUGGAUGGAACCCUCUCUAUAUGCCAAGUAGCUGAGGGACAGCCUCGUGUCCUUCACACUCUGCGUCACCACAAUGCAGGAGUCACAGGCUUUGAUUGGUCGUCAACAAAUGACCUCUUGCUGUCAGGGGGAGAGGAUGGGGUGGUUUGUCUCUGGAGCUCGUCGAGUGGGACAUGCCUGCGCACUGUUAGCGACCAGUCUGGGGCUAAUGUUCUAUCCUGCGUCUUUCACCCCUUCAACUCCAAUUGGGCUGUUGUAGGUAACAGCAAUGGACUAGUGCAAGUCCUGAAUAUGUCAACUGGCCAUUAUCCUAAAGGAGGAACAAGCAAGGUAGCAGGCCAAGUAACGGCACUGAAUUUUGACUCCUCUGGCAAGACACUCUGGGCUGGUGAUGAUAAGGGAACGAUUGUGUCGUUUCUUUUCGACCUUGGGAGUGGAUGUCUUAAGAAGGGCAAGAGAUGUGUGGCGCAAGAGGGCGCUGCCAUCACUAGCCUGUCCGCACGCACAUGGGCAAGCAGAGAGGCUCCCAACCCUACUCUUCUCGUCAGUGCCAGCUGUAAUGCCCUGCUGCUGUACAGAGUGGCAGACAAAGAUGGUGGCUUGCGGUUGAAACGCAAAUUUAAUGUGGCUCACAUGUACCAGCCUGUGAGGUCGACGUUCUGCCCCCUCAUGUCCUUUAGGCAAGGAGCCUGUGUAGUUACUGGCUGUGAAGACUGCAGUGUCCUGUUCCUUGAUGUAGAGCGCGACCAGCGGCCCCUCAUCAAUCGCCUCCAGGGUCACGCAGCGCCUGUUCUUGGAGUGAGCUUCAACUACGACGAGUCUCUCCUCGCCACAUCAGAUGCCACGGGCCUUGUCAUUGUCUGGAAAAGACAGUAGCUGGGGUGGAAAGAAUGUGUGUGCGUGAGCGUGUGCACAUCAGUGUGUGUAUGUGCGUGUGUGUGUGCGUGUGUAUGUGUGUGGUGUGGUCAUGCAUUAUGUUUGUGUGUGAAUU